ACGGGUCCCAAAACUAAACAUUGAAGUUCAGUACUGUGACCGGUGUUUACUGUAUGUGCCGUCGGUUCGGCAUUUUCUGGCCACGAAAGGCAUGAUUCGUCUUCCAACCAGCCUUCGUUUAAUACGAACUGUAGUGGUCCAAUUGAGGCGUUGCUAUACCGAAGGAAAUAUUCUCAAGCUGCAGGAUCGUGGAUUUUUUCAGGAUGUAUUUCCAGCAGAAUCGAGUGACAAAGCACGCAGCGUGCUCGGUGCAUCCCCACAGACGAUAUACGCCGGGUUUGAUCCGACGGCGGACAGUUUGCACGUGGGGAAUCUAUUAGUUCUUAUCGGGCUGUUGCACAGCCAGCGGGCAGGACACCAGGCCAUUGCAUUACUAGGCGGAGCUACCGGACAAAUCGGCGAUCCAAGCGGACGCAGCACGGAGCGUAAAGCGAUGCAUCUAGAAACAAUGAAUCGUAAUCUUGAUCAAAUUAAGGCACAGAUUGGCCGCAUAUUUGAAAAUCAUCGUCGGUUACUCUGGGAGAAGCGUGGUAAGAGUGUCCCCCUCAAGCCUGUUUUAGUGGUAAACAAUGCCGAUUGGUAUCGAACGCUUAACUUCGUUGAAUUUGUUUCUAACGUCGGGCGACACUUCCGGAUGGGAGCAAUGCUAUCGCGAGCUUCUGUGCAGAGUCGAUUGCAAAACGAAAGUGGCAUGAGCUUUACCGAAUUUACUUACCAAAUUUUUCAAGCGUACGAUUGGGUGCAUUUGCUGCGAGCGCAUAACUGCCGAUUUCAGUUAGGUGGCAGUGAUCAAAUGGGGAACAUUAUGUCCGGACAUGAGCUGAUCUCACGAGUUGAGCGAAAGGCAGAGGUCUUUGGAGUGACAGUACCCCUGAUAACCAACGAAGAAGGUGACAAAUUUGGUAAAUCUGCCGGUAAUGCAGUGUGGUUAGCCGAAAGAAAAACUUCCCCGUUUGCGUUUUACCAGUUUUUCGUACGAACACCAGAUUCAGAGGUAGAGAAGUUGCUUAAAUUGUUAACGUUUUUAUCGUUGGACGAAAUACGAAGUCUAAUGGCUCGACAUCGGCGAACCCCAGAAUUGUGGGAAGCACAGAAGCAGUUGGCUCAGGAACUAACAUUGCUUGUUCAUGGCGAGGAAGGGUUGCAGCAAGCAGAAAAAAUUAGUGGUGCUUUGUACAGUGGACAAGUUGAGGCGCUGGGAGAGCUUGCGGUGCGUGAUAUUAUGCAAACAUUCGGCGGAGCACCAUUGGUGGAGAUUCUGCCCGAACCGGGUAUUACCGUUUUGGAUGUGGCGAUGAAGGCUAGAUGUUUUCCUACAGAGAAAGACGCAGUGCGAAUUAUUCAAGCGGGAGGCUUUACGAUCAAUCUGAAUAGAGCGAAAAACGUUUCCGAGGUACUGACACCCGGUGUUCACAUUCUUAAAAAUAACAUCUCACUGCUUCGGGUCGGCAAGAGAAACUAUUACAUUGUUAGGUGGUUAGCUUAGUUUGUCUUGUGAAUAAACACCAUGCUGUUAAAUAGUAAAAAAUUUUACUU